GGAGGGCGACGACGGGCGGCCGGCCGGACGGCCAGCUGGUCGCGGCCAACGAGCCGAGCCCCCUUCAUCGUCCCCCCGCCGCCGGCACCGAGAGGCCACACGUCCGGAGAGUGUGCUAAGCGGAUCCGCCAUGGCUGCCAUCCGGAGCGGUCUGCUCGACGUGCUCGCCCAUGGUGAAUGGCACCGGGUGCAUGCCACACUCGAUCCCACCGCCAUCACUCUACAGGCAGUCGAGACCGACCACACCCAAGAUCUUGAUGCUGAGAAACGAACAGUUCGAGUGGUAAAGUAUGACGGAAAUGGUCUUGGAAUCAGCAUCAAAGGCGGUCGCGACAAUAACAUGCCCAUCAUCAUCAGUAAGAUCUUCAAAGGGAUGGCGGCAGAUCAUACAGGCGAAUUAUUCGUUGGUGAUACUAUACUCGCCGUAAACGGCGAAUCGCUUAUUGAUGCAACACAUGACGAUGCUGUCCGAGCAUUGAAACGAGCAGGAAGGGUAGUGGACUUAUAUGUGCAGUAUAAAAGGGACGAAAUGGUCAGAAAUGAUAACGUUGUUGAGAAAAUUGAAUGGGACGACGAUACACGAGAUAGAAUUCGCGCCAUAGGCUUGAAGUUGGCCUAUGUUGCACGUGCCGGAAUAGAUGCCGAUGCUGAAGGAAGGAUAUUCGAGAUGAGAAGCCCUUCCGGACGUUAUGCUCUCGCCUUCCGAUGUGCUUCUUCCGUUGAAGCUGAUUCCUGGUUUGAGGCGAUACAUGGAUGCGUCAAUGCGCUGCUAACCCAAGCUUUAGCGCAGGUAAACCUUAUGCUUGGAGGACAUCCACAGGUGCGGCGGAUGGGAUGGGUCUCGGAACAGGUGAGCGAGGACGGCAUCAUCAUGUGGAAACCGAAAUUUCUCACACUCACUCAAAACGAGCUGCUCUUUUAUGAAGCAGUGCCACAGCUCAAGACCGAGUGGGCAGAGCCAAGGAUAACAAGGCCCCUGGUAGCUACUAGGGUGGUUCAGACGACAUCCCGAACUGCGCCUGUGAUGAAAGGUUUGUCUGAUGUAAUUUCCCUGCGGAUAAGAACGGGGACACAAAACGGCGUUCGCACUCAUACGCUGCGAGUGGAGACUCACGCUGACCUUGCUCAAUGGGUGCGAGCGAUCGUAUUAGGAACGUAUGAGGCAUGCUCAGAGACUUCGCAGGUAACUUCACCAUGCAUUUGGAGAGGAGAAAACUGUGAACUUAUUGUGAAUCUCGAUGUAGGAAUUUCACUCACAGGACCAAAUAGAGAGAUACUUUGGCAACACCCCUUCGAAGCUAUACGGGCAACAGGCGACGAUGGUGGUCGCUUUUUAUGGAUUGAUUUCGGUCCUCCGACUGGUGAACAGGAGCUAGAUCUUCUCACAUCAGCAAAACCAAUCGUCUUCAUUCUGCACUCAUUUCUUGCUACAAAAGUCUAUCGACUAGGACUCUACGCUUAGUUCAAAUAUGAUGCUCAUCAACGCCAGUCAAGCUUCUUGCCCAUGUAAACAUUCCUUCCAAAACAUGACAACCGGUGAUUGACGCCACUUCUAGAGGUGCCACCAUAUCAGCUCAAUGCGUGCUAGCUUCAAGGGACACAAAGUCAGCAUAGUAAUUUAUCGAUGUUAGGAUUUAGCUCUGAGAUCAAGAUAUUGCUCGAGUACCGGUCACAAAGUUCUAUAAUAAAGUUUCUGCUUUCUAC